AUGGAUAAGAUUUUGAAAAAUAUUGAUAGCAAGGUGACAGAGGUUAGAAGUUUGAACCACCAAGUGACAAACAUGAUGAAGAUGCUGGAGACUCAAGUUACGCAGUUAGCUGGGCACUUUACAGGGAAUGAUGAAAAAUUGUCGAGACAAUCGAGGAAUCCAGAGUCAGCUAAAGCUAUUCAAACUUGCUUAGGCAAGGAAACAGAAGAUCCUGAACGUCCUGUGGGAGCUAGAAAACCUAAACCAGUUGCCGAAGCAGAGAUGACUUCGAAGGAGAAGACACCUACCCUAGCUCUGGAGAUUGAAACAGAAGAGCUAGAGUUUGAGAUUGUUGAUCAAAAUGACAUGAAGAUUCUACUAGGAAAGCCACACCAUCAUCUAGUUCCAACCUAUUCUCGCUACUUCAAGGAUAUACUAACGAACAAGCGAGAGAUCCCAAAGUUCACUACAAACCACAUCAAGAUGAUAGAAGAGUGUAGUGCUAUGAUUGCUAAUCAAGCUCCUGAGAAGAAAAGAGAUCCAGGAUGUCCAACCAUACCAUGUUCAAUUGGAGUGUUGAUGUUCGGAUGGGCAUUAUGUGAUCUUGGCACAAGUGUGAGCGUCAUGCCUAAAACUGUGUUCGAGAUGCUACGCCUGCCGGAGCGGGAACCAACUACUAUAUGCCUGGAGUUGGCAGUUCGCUACCCCGAAGGCAUUGCAGAAGAUCUACCUAUGAAGAUCGGGAAUCACUUUGUCCUAGUUAACUUUGUGAUACUCGAGAUGGGAGAAGGAGCUAAAUCCCCACUCAUCCAAGGAAGGCCGUUCCUGAAGACCGCAAGAGCAAACAUAGAAGUUGGUAAGGGCGAGAUGAAGUUUGAUAUUAAUGGCACUAUGAGCGCAUUCAAGUUUCGCCCAUGCUUUGAGGUAUGCACCAUGGUUUCUAGCAAGUAUAUACUGCCACACCAUCAUGUUAAGCCGAAGGAGAAGAACAAGAAAGCAAAAAGAAAAGAAACCAGGGCAAGUUGCUAUCGUCCAGAAGAAGGAAGAAUGCUAGCCUGUGAAGACCAAAAAGAUAGCCAAGCCUAUGCCUACAUUGAAACUAAAGGUGGUGAAGAAGUAGGUGCUGAAGACUGCAACGCCAACACCGAGCGCUGGUCCGAAGUAAAGAAUUAA